CAUCUCUUUUAAGUUCUCAGUUUUAAAACAGCCUCACAGUUUUGAUUAAAAACGAAAAAUGGAGUCUUGAGUCUUGAUUUCUAGACAGAAGUAUUUUUUCCCCAAGCUGGAGAUCACAAUUGUAACUCCAAAUGGCUGGGUCAGGGAAAGGAAGAGGACGUGCUGCGUUUACUUUCAACAUCGAGGCUAUUGGCUUUGCCAAAGGUGAAACGCUACCUGAAGUAGCAUUCAAGCCCCCUCCACUGUUUCCUCCAACAGAUUUUAAGCCUGUGCCUCUGAAAAUGGGAGAGGAAGAGGAUUAUAUGUUGGCCUUAAAGCAAGAAUUUAGAGCAAGUAUGAAAAAAAUGCCUUAUUUUAUGCAAAAAGAAGAUGAAAAUCAAGGAAUUGAAAAAUAUAGUAAAAAGUACCUGCAGAUGAGAAAAGAAUCCAUGGAAUGGACCCCAGAUUGGCGAAGACUCCCAAGAGAGAUGAAGCCAAGGAAAAAGACCAAAAAAGCAGGUGGAAAAACGAAAAAAGCAAAAGUUGCCACACCCAAAAGUAAUGUGGAUGUGUUGAAAAAAAUUGAGGAGUUGGAAAAGAAAGGUGAUGAAGAAAAAUCUGAUGAGGAAAAGGAGAAAGAAAAAGACAAAGAGGGUGAAGAAGAAGAAGAAGAAGUAGCAAAUGAACAAGAAUAUGAUGAAGAGGAACACGAAGAGUACUCCCAGCUGGACUCACAACUACUCUCAAAGAUGGAGAUGCUGAGGAUAACUCUAAAGCAAAAUCAACAGAAACCAUUUUAGCUGACUUGAGGAUUGGGGGGGGGGGGAAGCAGGUUUCAGAUUUUUUUAAUUUAAUUUAAAAUUUAAUAAAAAUGAAUGAAAAGUUGAAAAUAAACUUUUUCCUCUAUAAUUAUUAAUCUGGGAAAUGUCACUAAAAGGCUCUAACCUAUGCUUUUGUUGUCCCUCUGCACAAAUUGGAACCUGUGUUAGCUGAUCAUAUUGGUCCUCUUUCUUUUCGCUCUUUAGCUUUUGAGAACUAAAAUGUGUUCUCAUCCAGUGAGAAACUGGUUAUUACUUUAAAAAAAUAAUCUUGUAAGCUUUUAAAGUUUGUUUCUUGAUGGCUGAGGCACACAUUUGCCAAACAAUACUUUACCUCAGUGCUAACUCUGAAACAAUAGAGAGAUAAAAUCUAGAAAAAACUAUUUACCUGUAUUAAUAGUUGUGUAAUUUAGGGCACGGCUGUAUUUUUUUUCUUGUGUUAAUUAAAAUGCUCUGAUAAACAAAAUGUGAAGCAAUUCCAAAGGAUGAGACAACUAAAUACAAUGCAGAGCACACCUGAAAUGUAUAUUUUAAACUUGAUUAUUUUUAAAUAUUAAAUUGCUAUGUAGGAAAAUAUAGCAACAAUGUAUAACAACUUAUUUCUGUAUUAUUAAAUACUAUGCUGUAUGGCAACAGAAAUUUACUCUGGUCAUUAAUUAGGACUUUGUAUUGAAGUUAAUUUUCUUAUAACUAAUAAUGAAGAGUUGAGGACUAAAGUUUGUGAGUUUUAAAAAUUUUUAUAGUAUGGUCUGCACCCAAACUGCAUUUA